CCCACCAGAAAUGCACUAUAAAAAAUGGACCAUGGAAAAUGGAUGAUAAUAUUGGAUAAUCUAGAUGAGGAUAUAUCCGGCGACGUACAACAGCCACCCGACAGCGAACUCCCAGUGGCCCCAGAUGAAGUCCUCGGCGAUAUUGCAAACUUGGCUGUUGCAUGCCGCGAUCUGCUCCAGCUACUAAGUAGCCAAUAUGAAGCGCAAUCUGUGCCAAGUUCGGAGGCAAAGAGCCAGCGGAUCGCAUUUGAGAUCUGGGCUGCUGCAGUUGGAGCCUAUAGAAAUGGCGAGCAAUCCCUAGCUUAUCGCCUCAAGAGCUUACCAGACACCAGUGCCCAGAUUCUGAAGCUACUGUCCAGUCUGUAUAUUCUUUUACAAAGGCAGCUGGCAGUCUUGAAACUUGGCAAGGAAGCAUCCUUCUCUGGAAGCGACUCCGAGACAUCGUCAGUUUAUUCUGCAACCUCUGUUCGGCUUGCUCAAUAUAGUGAUGAUGAUUCAGAUGUAAUCCCGUCAUCACACAGCUUUUGGAUAUCCAUUCAUGAUACCAUUGUUAGUCUUCGUCAACUUGGGCUCCAGCUCCGAAGAGCAGGAGCUAGCCACCGCCGAGAGCGCGUUCGCCGUUUUAUGCAACUCCCACGAAAUAAGCACCUAUACGACCUUGUUCGGUCUAUAGCUCUUCAAACCAUACAAUAUCGAUUUCCACAAAUGAUAUGGUGGCUUCAGGAGCGAAUUGCAGAGUCCAUCGUCAUCCGCAGAGGUCGAGUUCUCUACUUGGAGCAACACCAAGUCAAGAUUCGGGUUGCCGAACAGCCUGUCCUUUCGGUGCCUAGAACGGAACCCCCAAUCAUAGUCCCAGUGCCAAGUGACGCCGUAGGGGCUCAGGAUCCUGAACCAGUGGUUAGACCACCUACUAUCUCAGAGUCAAUUUCCCCAUCCUUAAACCAACGAACAGAAGUGUCACAGACCAUUGCAACCAAGUACACAAAGGUCACAAAGGCACCUUCAGUUUCUUCGAUGACAAUCACCACUGGCUCAUUCCCUUCGUUUCCAGCGGUGGAACCUACAAGUCAUUCAUUCAUUUGCCCAUAUUGCUCCUUGGAAUAUCCUACAUCAGAUUUUACGUCACAAAGUGCGUGGCAUACACACCUUAUUCAUGAUUUGGAACCAUUUUUCUGUGUUGAGCAAGAAUGCGUAAAUCCAUUUGAUUGUGGGUCAUCUUACAGCUCUUGGAUAGCUCAUAUGAAGAAGGAACAUGGAAAUCCAAAAUGGCAGUGUUGGUAUUGCCCCCAGUCACCCGCUGGGCCGCUCGAAUUUACAUCGUCACCAGCAUUUAAAGAUCACUUGACGAAAAAGCAUGGUGACAAAGUUACAGACUCUCUACGAGAUACCGUAAUCAAACACAGUGUCAUUCAUGGAGGCUUAAAAGUGCUGUCUUGCUUGUUCUGUGGUGGCUAUCCGGCUGAGAUUGAAGCAACUCACGAGAACCCACACACCCCUGAAGCAAUAGAAGCUCUUUUGAAGCAUAUUCGGAACCACCUCAUAUCUUGCGCUCUCAUACUCCUCCCGAGAAGCUUGGAGUCUAUCCAGGCUGAUGUCGAGCGAGGCUCAGACGCUGGUGAUGAUGGGGGCAAUGCAAGCGACAAAGAUGUUGAGAAUAUCAGUGUAUUAGAGGGGUUGACAACUGAUGAGCAGUUGCGCUGUUCCGCUGGGUACUGUGAAUGUCACAUCGCAUCGUCUAUUGAAACUGGAGACUGGUCCAAAUUAAACAAUGAGAACCCACCAGGACACUCACCCGCGGAUGCCAUUCUGCGAGCACUUAAUGAAACACGACAAACUCACGAUACGGGCGAAUGGGAAUUUUGUUCUCCUUUCUCUGUGGGACAAAAGCUAGGGCGUAUGUCUACGGAAUACCCUGAUCUUGAGCAUGAUGAAGUGUUGCAUGAAUACUUUCAGCUCAAGUCAUUUGCAGCACCUGACGCAAAGGCGUCGGACCCAAAUAUCCCAUCUUCAGAUGCACUGGAUGCAGAAUACUCUGGCCCGAGUUUUGAUAUGCUUGUUCCCCCAAAUCUGAUCCCGAUAUUCAGAGCCAUAUAUACUGACCUAUGCGGCAAAGAGCCAAGUAUUACCAAAGGCCGUCUUUAUUCCUUUCUCCGAUUUACGCAAAACAUAUAUCCUGUUCCCGAGAUGGAACACAGAUACUAUGGAUUCAUGCAAUUUGUGCUCUUCACUGUGGAGCAUAAUAUAUGGAGCAGGCUACCAGCUCCUACUCCAACACCUCUCGAUUACCCCAUGACAAACUACUUUAUCAACAGCUGUGGUGAUAUGUUUAACAUUGGAAAUCGACUCGUACGCCGUCAUGAGCUGGACAUUUAUACCAGUGGCCUGCUUCGUGAAUAUCGUUGCAUACAGUUUACCGUAUGGAACAGCGACGCUACCUACCCCUUUGAAUCUUCCGUCCUUUCCGCACGUCCUAAAUGGCAAGUCCAAAAACUAUCGCCAUCCGAACAGUCUGGUGUUGAUGGAAGCGGAUCACUCCUUCCUGUUAGCAAGCGGCUGAAGGACAUAUCACCUCCAGAAGAGCCUGUUGGAGAGAUCACCGAACCAGUCGUCAAGUAUACUCGAGAUGCGCUUGCCUGGUUUGGAUUUCGGAGCGUUUGCGAGUCUAUCCGCAAUACAGCUUUCGCCGUGAAUGACCUGCCCCUCAUCGUCAUCAUCACCGUUUACGCCGACCUUGAACAACAAAAGGUGAUGGUCAGCACCUUGAAAGAGGUAUGGCAGGGCCUCCUCUUAGACGCCCCAAUAGAGGGCUGUGACCCAGACCUUCAGGUUCCGAGACUCGGAGACGUCAAGAAGAGGAUUCUUUUGCAAAUCAGAAAUGUUCCAAGUGAAGAAGUGCAACCUAGACUUCCCAGAGUAGAGGCUGGGCAACCACAACGAGCAAUUUACCCUCCACUGAGAGCCCUCUGCGUCUACACUCGAAGUGAACGGUUUGAGGAUUACCAAUCACUCCGCCAGACCACAGCGACGCACCCAGCACACGUAUUUUCCAUCUCAGAAGCUGGAAUAAAUGAGGUCAAUCUCCAUGAUAACCGCGCCGUUUUUCUUCACAACAAAUCAUUUUUUAUGCACGCCUACCCGUCCUUUAGGUCAUCGUCUUCGGUCAAUAUGGCUACGCUUUGGAAAAGGGGUGUGCAAAUGGUAGCUGUGAACUUGCGCAACAUGGACAAAGGCAUGAUGCUAAAUCGUGCCAUGUUCCAAGAUACUAACGGUUGGAUCCUGAAACCAGCCGGCUAUAAGUCUAGCGAUAAAAGCAGUGAAGUUGCAGAGCAAGCCAUAUCACCAAUAACCAUAGAUCUUGACGUGACUAUAUACCUCGGCUUGAACGUUGCACCACCAAACCCUCGCUUGGGUGGAAGCACCCGUUGUAUGGUUCACGUCGAACUACACACUGAUUACAGCGAUGCUGCUUCGACCACGCGACAGCGUCUCAUUCCAUUCCAACAUAAAGAGCAGACGUCGAUCCGGGAAUCUUGCGACCCAUUUUGGGGAGAGAACGGGGAGACGCUGCGGCUUCACCAGAUCUCAGGAGUAAUGCCAUUAUUUAAUUUCUUGCGGUUUUCGGUCAAAGAUGCAGACGCAACGGUCUCAACCGACUUUUCAUGGGCAUGUAUUAGGCUGGACCGGGUCCAACAAGGUUACCAGUUUAUACAGCUAUACAAUCCUCAGGGGAAUCCUGUUUUAGAUGGAAAGCUUUUUGUUAAAAUAGAAAUUGCCAAGAGAGGGUGAAACUGCUCCCCCUCUCCGAUUUAGCUGUCAAGCAGCAACGUGCGACUACCCAGGAGUAAUAUUUAUUGUGGAUAGGUGUUUUUGUCUCUACUUGAAUGUCGUUGAACAUUGUGCAUAGGAAUAUAGAAGUAAUUACAUGUUUUUUUUU